AAAGUACCUGGCAUCUCUGUUUGCAAAUCGUGAAUGUUAGCGAUGGUUUGAAUUGUGUUCAUUGAAAAAGAAAGGUGAUUUUUCAAUUAAAAUCACAAUUAUGUGUAUGGCAGCACAAUAAAACGUGACCUUUGAUAUUGAACCAGCAGCAGGAAACACCAAAUCGGAUAGCUGUGCUGUGUAUUUCUGUUGGUAUUGCAGUGUGCGAAAGAGAUGGCUCAUUCAAAGCCACUGAACGAGGUCUUUAGCUACCUCUCAUGGGUCCAUGCGGUAUCUGGAGCUACGGGGAGCGUAGUGGCAAUGUCAGCUUUCUAUCCGCUGGACACAGUGCGUUCCAGACUUCAGUUGGAAGAACCGGAACGUCGCAAAGCUCAAAGCACAUGGGCUAUCUUGAAGCAAUUGGUAGCGGAAGAAGGUUUCGACACGCUGUACCGCGGAAUGAUACCAGUACUGCAGAGUUUGUGCAUUUCAAACUUUGUCUAUUUCUACACAUUUCACAGUUUAAAGGCGAUUGGAGGUGGUAGUCAAUCGGCUCUAACCGAUCUGGUUCUUGGAUCGUUGGCCGGUGUGGUGAAUGUGUUCACGACAACCCCCUGCUGGGUAGUCAACACUCGGUUAAAGAUGAAAGGAUUAGGACAUCGAGUCAAGGACAAUACGAUGCACUAUGACAACCUCUUGAGCGGGUUGAUUUACGUCGGACGCACCGAAGGUGCCAAAGGGCUAUGGGCGGGGGCGGUACCAUCACUUCUACUGGUGAUCAAUCCAGCCAUUCAGUUCAUGGUGUACGAAGCAUUGAAACGACGACUUAUUCCGGAUGUGAAACAUGCUUCUAGCGUCAGGUUUUUCGCUAUCGGAGCCGUUGCCAAAACGAUAGCGACCGUACUAACCUAUCCGCUGCAGUUGAUUCAAACCAAGUUGCGCCACGCAAACUCGGAUAAAAAUUCGGACCUUCCUCCCGACACCGAUAUGAUACAGAUGUUGCUGAUCAUUCUGAAGAAGCAAGGUACAGCGGGCCUGUUUCGUGGUCUGGAGGCUAAGCUACUACAGACGGUGCUGACGGCAGCACUGAUGUUCAUGGCUUACGAGAAAAUUGCACGUUUUGUAACGAUACUCCUAAUUAGAGCGAAGAAGUGAUUGAUCGUGAUUCGAAUAUUAUCAUUUAUUAGCUUUUAGGUGGCUUGAGGGCUAUUGUACUGACGUACUCCAUGGCAUUAGUUUUGACACAAGUCUUCAAAGUUUAUGUAUCUAGUCUUGCACAUUCCGAUUGGUCUAUUCCAUACUGCUCAUUAUAAAUUAUUGAACCACUGGGCCUAUUCAAAAGUAUGGUGCCGUUUGAGCAAAUUCGUUUGGUUUGGAAAAGUGGUGGUAUUAGCUUUAAAAUUUCGCAUUCGCAUCCAGACCAUUGGUUAAAUUAAGUUAUUUAUGGUACGGUUCUAGAUUAGUAUUUGCUGGUUUUCAAAGUAGUAGAAGGUGUUUGCCGUAAGAUAUUCAAUUAUGAUAUUGAAAUGCAGUUGUAUGCUAUGGGUUAGCGAAUUAAAAUCACUAUGAAAACA